AUGUUGCGAUGGCCUCCUCAGAGUCACGACUCAGCUAGCCUCAGUCUGACUCAGUUAGUUUCCCAAGCAGCCCGCUGCCAGAUUACCGGCCAUCUGCUUAGGCCCAGUCAGAAGGGCGAGACGACUCGACGAGGGAUCAUCCUCACCGACCUGGGCCAGGACGCGAGUCACAUCGUCGCCACCGCAUUAUAG